AACGUGGAUGUGGACGCAGCCACCAGGAAGGGUGUCCUGGUCAUGAACACACCCACUGGGAACAGCCUCAGUGCCGCAGAGCUCACCUGUGGGAUGAUCAUGUGCUUGGCCAGGCAGAUCCCACAGGCAGCUGCCUCCAUGAGGGAGGGCAAGUGGGACCGUAAGAAGUACAUGGGCAUGGAGCUGAACGGGAAGACACUGGCCGUGCUGGGGCUGGGGCGCAUCGGCAGGGAGGUGGCCACCCGCAUGCAGGCUUUUGGCAUGAAGACCAUAGGUUAUGACCCCAUCAUCACCCCUGAAGUCUCAGCCACAUUUGGCGUGGAGCAGCUGUCACUGGAGCAGAUCUGGCCCCGCUGCGACUUCAUCACAGUGCACACACCACUGCUGCCCUCCACCACGGGGCUCCUGAACGACAGCACCUUUGCCAAGUGCCGCCGCGGUGUGCAGGUGGUGAACUGUGCCCGCGGUGGCAUCGUGGAUGAGGGUGCACUGCUGCGGGCGCUGCAGUCAGGCCAGUGCGGGGGGGCUGGGAUGGAACUGUGUCUGCAGGAACCCCCAAAGGACCGUGACCUGGUGAACCACCCCAAUGUCAUCUCCUGCCCACACCUGGGUGCCAGCACACGGGAGGCACAGAGCCGCUGCGGCAAGGAGAUCGCCAUGCAGAUCGUGGACAUGGCCACGGGGAAGGGGCUGACUGGCGUAGUUAAUGGGCAGGCUCUCAGCAAGGCUUUUGCACCCCAGACCAAGCCCUGGAUCGCUCUGGCCAAGACCCUGGGCAUGGUGCUGCAUGUGGCAGCCAGACAAGUGCAAGGCAGCAUGCAGGUCUGCACCCUAGGGACAUCCCUGAAGGAGGCUGGGAGCUACCUGACACCUGCCGUGGCUGCAGGCAUGCUGUCUGGGGCAGCACAGAAGGAGGUGACCCUGGUGAACGCCACCCUGCUGGCCCAGGAGGCUGGGCUGAAGGUCACGACCACCCACAGUGAUGUGGCCCCCGAGCCCGACAGCAGCACUGGCUUGGUGCAGGUGUCCCUGCAGGGCACCCCACACCGAGUGACUGGGACAGUGCAGGGCAGCACCCCAGUGCUGCGGGAGAUCAGCGGGGCCACCUUCCAGCAGCCAGGCCAGCUGUCUGGCCACCUCCUCAUCUACAGAGCCAAAGCCUCCGAUCCCACUGCUCUGUCCGUGCUGACUGGGCUGCUGGGGAAGGUGAGGAUCCAGCUCCAGUCCUACCACAGCUCCAGCCCAAUGGCAGGGGAGCAGUGGAAUGUCGUGGGGCUCUCGGGCCCCCUGUCCGACCUCAGCGAGCUGAAGCCACAUGUCACGGAAGCCUUCCAGCUCCACCUGUAGACCCUGACUGCCAACAAGCACUCUCCUUAUGGCAACAGCACCUGGACCCUCCCCCAGCUGGGCGAGCAUCACACCUGGCCAUCCCUGACCCCCAUGCUGGGUUUGGGGUGGCCCCGCACUCAAUAAAGGGUCCAAAAGGAGAGAGCA